GUUAUUCUGGCAUGGUUCAUGAAAGUCAAGAACUUCAUAAGUCAACUCUUAUUGAACAAACAGUAAAAGGAGCCAUAGCAGGUUCGUGAAUGUUUAUUGGUCUGCUAAGUUUAUUACAGGUGGAGUCACUGGGGCGAUUGAGAUUUGCAUCACUUUCCCGACUGAAUAUGUUAAGACACAAUUACAACUUGAUGAACGUAUGGGUAGUGCCAGACAAUAUUCGGGGCCCAUCGACUGUGUGAAGAAGACAGUGGGAUCUUAUGGUUUUCGUGGUUUGUAUCGAGGUUUACCUGUUCUCCUAUAUGGUUCUGUUCCCAAGUCGGCUGUCAGAUUUGGAGCAUUUGAAGAGUUUAAGCGUCAUAAUUUAUCUUCAGAUGGAACUCUUACAGCUGGAAGAAAACUUUUAUGUGGUUUAGGUGCAGGAGUUUGUGAAGCUAUAAUGGUAGUUACUCCGAUGGAAACCAUUAAAGUGAAAUUUAUUAAUGAUCAAACAUCUAAAAAUCCACAUUAUCGUGGUUUUUUCCAUGGCUGUGGCUGUAUCGUCAAAGAACAUGGGAUUACUGGUUUGUAUAAAGGUGUAACACCGACAAUUCUGAAACAAGGAAGUAAUCAAGCCAUUCGUUUCUUUGUAAUGGAAACUUUGAAGGAUGGUUAUCGACAGUAUCGAGGUGACAAAGCUACUGGACUACCUGUCCCAAAACUACUAACUGGAUUAUUUGGGAUUAUUGCUGGUGCAGCAUCCGUCUAUGGAAACACACCUCUGGAUGUUGUCAAAACUCGAAUGCAAGGCCUUGAUGCACAUAAGUAUAAAAAUACACUUCAUUGCGCUUGGAAAAUAUGGACUGAAGAAGGCUUUUUUGCUUUCUAUAAAGGUACUGUACCUAGACUAGGUCGUGUCUGUUUAGAUGUUUGUAUUAGCUUCAUGAUUUAUGAUUCAUUUAUGGAGAGUUUUCACAAAAUAUGGGACACAAAGAAAUCUUAAAAUAUUUUCAUUUUUAUGCAUUUAUAUUAUUCUUGGUUGUGACGAAAUUCUCAUAUAUCUAUAUAGAAAACAGUAAUUUUAUAGCACAAUAGUCCAUUCACUUUCUAUUUAUAUUUGAAUCUGAUAAAAAAAUAUUUGAAUAAAGAAGUAGAUGGAGAAGAUGAAUACACUUGUUGUAUCCAAUUAUACUUAUUUCUGUAUUUAUCCAUACACAUUUAAAUAAAUCAUUCCAAGCUUUCUUUAUAUAUUUCUCAUAUGGUUGUGCUAGUCUUCUUUGGUUGUGCAAUAAUUCAUACAAAAUCGGUGAUAUGUUUAUUAUUCUUUCGAAAUAAAUAGAUUGUCGAAUUUAUUUCUGUUUAUCUACAAUCGAUUGUUUCAUGUUUUUUUUAUAAGAAACAAACUUUACUCUCCCUUUCUAUUUUUUUUUCUUGUUUGAUUUAUUCCCUUUCUCGAUGGAUUUUUCUUUUUUUUGAAAAAAAGAUAAUCUAUUGUUCACUAUUAAAAUCUACCAGUUUGAUGAUAUCGAUUUUUAUGAGUUAACUGAUUUGCACUUGGAUUAAAUAUGAUGACAGUUUUUUAAUCUCUUUCAAUAUGUAUAUCAAUACCAUUAUUUAUUUAUUUGUUUAUUCACUAAAUGAUUAUUAUUAUUAUUGGUAUAAGUAUUUUUAUUUAUAAACUCUUCUAAUCAAUGUCAAAUUACACCCAAUAAAUGUUUACUAUAUACAUCUCAUGUCUAAACUUGUUUAAUGUAAAGGGUUACUGUUAGAUACCUUACAUUGUUUUUGUGUAUUUAUUUUCGUUUACUUGCACUGAGUCAUUAUGAUGGGAUAGGGAGUGCUGCAUUAUUUAACUAAUUAAGAUCAGCAUUGCUAAUUUGAUCGAAUCUACUUAAAUGGUUGGAGUGACAAUUAGACUCACGGAGCAAAUCUCGAAACUCUAAUCGAAUGAAUUUCAAAAGACAUAGUGACUAUCUAA